UGGUCUCUGGACUUUCCAACUGUGUACAUGUAGCUCUGAUGAUGCAGGAUGACAUCAUAAAAACUGUUCAAAUUAGUUACCUAGUCAGUCCAUCUGACUUCAUGUUUACUUAGUCUGGAUCAAUUGAAGAACUAGUGGUGUAAACGCACUUGCAUAGCUCUCAGGGUUUCCUUGUCUGUGGAACUUGUAGUGACUUUGGUUUCAUUAUGGUCCUCCCUCUUUUUCUGCCUAAUUCAGGAUAAAGAAUCUCCAUGCUCAGAUCAUAGAGAAAGACGCUAUGAUCAAGGUGCUUCACCAGCGCUCCAGGAAGGAGCCCAUCAAGUUAGAUGCGCAAUCUGCCAUGAGGCCCACCAAGUCCCUGAUGUCCAUUUCCAACACUGGCUCUGGUGGUUCAGGAGUGCUCUCUCACAGCCUGGGCCUCAGUAGCUCCCCCAUCACCGAAGAACGCAAGGACACCAGCUGGAAGGGCAGCCUGGGGGGUCUGCUGGGUUACGAGUUUCGCACAGAGUCUCUCAGGACCGGGUCAAUCUCAUCAUCUCCCUCACCAGUGCUUCCUUCCACCCCCAUGACCGCAGGUCACUCGAAGACCGGUAGCAGGGACAGCUGCACGCAGACCGAAAAGGGACAGAGUCAGGACACCAGCAAGCCCAGCACUCCAGGCCUGCAGAGCAUGACGCUGCCUGCUCGCCUGUUCAGUCCCAGCCCAGUCUACAUCCCGGACCGCAUAGCAGAUGUGCCAGUGUUUCAAAGCAGCACCCUGGAACGGAGGCUCCCCGUCCAGUCCCAUCCACAUCAACAGGCCCCUCCUCCAGUCCCGCCCACCCAACAGGAAGUGGAAAAAGACAUGGUUGAGAUCCUCAUCUGACCACUUGACCUCUGGGAAAAAACAUCCAUUUGAGUGAUUGGAGGGCAGCUCCAUCGACAAACACAGCGACAGACAUGUAAAUCAUCACGAGACAUUUUCAUACUGUUUUGUUUACGUGUGCAUUUAAUCAAAAUUCUGAUGCAACUUUGUAUGAUACUUUUGGCGCCCUUUGUUUGAGGCUAAAUGGAAGGUAAUUAAUCCAAAUUGUAGACAAAACCUUUUUUACUUAAUUCAGUCUCUAUGCAUGCUCAUAAAUGUUGACCAAAUUAUAAUUAAUGUGAUGAAGAAAAUAUAAAAAUGAAUAGGCAAACCUGAUGUUCAAUGUCUUCAACAAACAUAUAACAUAUAGAGCAAACACAUUCACAAAUCCACAAAUAUAUUUUUAACUUUUACAUUUAAGGUAAAGGAAUUUUCUUUUUGUCACUGUUAAAUGAAUGUUAAAUGCUGUGGUCAGUGACUAAGUCUUUGUUUAAAUGCACUACCUAUUGACCUGGGAAGGGGGGCUUUCGCCAUAGCAGCAUCAAUGGCAUUUCAGCACAUUUGGGCAUAUGCAAUUUUUUCUUUACUACAUGCAAGUAAAUAAUAAAUGAUAAGAAACGGUCCUUGCUACAAGAGCUCAGCUGUAAGAGAAAGCAGCAUGUAACUUGGACACAUGAUAGAGAUAUGUAAAUUCUCCAAUAGUGUUGGUGGACGCUAUUUACACCAAAGAUAUCGGCUACCGUUUUGUUGCAUAUAUUGCACUACUUUUUGAAGAGUGUUUCUUUUUUUCUAUAUUGCCUUAUGAUGUCUGACGCUAGCUAUUGUAUUUAUGUGCAAUGUUUUUUUUCAAACUGUUGUUAGACAUGGCACUAGUGUAAUGAGAAAUGAUGUAAACUGUAAAACAUUGUUAAGAAUUUAUAUUCAGUAUGUACUGUAAUGGCCUGUGUGGAACUGUGUGCCGUGGAGGGAUCUAAGAGCUGAGCCUUUGAGCUGUUACAUUUCA